UCAAAACGUCGUCCGUUCGAAGUUGCGUGCAAAUUUCGGCCGGAAAAUUCUCGAAUUUAACACGUGAAACUCAUUUCAUAGCAUAAUGGCUGAUAAAACGGAAGCUUUUGAUGGAAUUUUGUUGUCCAUAGCCACCCAACAUGAAGGGGGUGUUCAAGACUUGCUCGACACGAUCUUCAGUUUCCUGUGUCGAAAAACAGACUUUUAUACUGGUGCAGGAAUUCAAGCAGCUGAAAAGCUGCUGAUGGAGAAGUUUAACAAAUAUAGGGUAAAGGCAGACCAGGAAACAGCCAAAAAACGAGCCGAAGUCGAGGAACGGGAAAGAAAAAUCAAGGAACGUAGAGAAAAAGAGCAGAAACAAUUGGAAGAGCAGGAAAAACGUGAAGCUCUCGAGCCGAAAAUCAGAGAAUUGACGGAUGAAGAAGCCGCUGAGAUGAUGCAACAACAAAAGCAAAAGGAAUCGUCGACGGUGGUGGCUAAAGCAGCCACAAAGGACGUUGACACCACAAAAAAGGAUGAAGAAGAGGAGGAUCCACAGGACGCUGGCAAACUCAAACCCAAUGCCGGCAAUGGUUGCGAUAUGCCCAACUACCGAUGGACUCAGACCCUCUCCGACAUUGAGGUGCGGAUCCCGUUGCCGAGGGCCGGACUCCGUUCGCGCGAUCUGACGGUCGAGAUCCAGAAAAAUCACGUCAAGGCCGCCGUCAAGAAUCAGCUGCCGGCCAUGCUCGACGACCGCCUCUUGCAUGACGUCAAGAUGGAAGAAUCAACGUGGCUGCUUGAAGAUAAACAGACGGUGCUCAUCACGCUCGAGAAGGUGAACAAGAUGGAGUGGUGGAGUCGCCUAGUCGUGUCGGAUCCGGAGAUCAACACCAAAAAGAUCAAUCCGGAGCCGUCGAAGCUGUCUGAUCUGGACGGGGAGACGCGCGGGCUCGUCGAGAAGAUGAUGUACGACCAGCGCCAGAAGGAAAUGGGACUGCCGACGUCCGAGGAGCAAAAGAAGCAAGACAUGCUCAAAAAGUUCAUGGAACAACAUCCUGAAAUGGAUUUCAGCAAGUGCAAAUUUUCUUGAAUGAUUAUUUUUUAAAUAGAAUGUUUUCAUCCCACAUUUCCACUAUUAAGAAACGCUUAAUUUCCCCCUUUUUUUCUACAUUCUUUUCAAAAUACAUCAUUCGGAAAUUGGUGUUCA